AUGGCUGCCUCCAAUCCUUCCUCCAACAAUAAGGUCAAAGCCAGAACCCUCAACGUCUCAGGCCCGAUGGACGUGUAUGAAGUCUUGGCUACCGAGUCAACCGCUUCGUAUCCACUGAGAGACGCUUACAGUUCAAUUGUUUGCAAAGGUCUCAGUGGAGACAAUCCGUACGAAUAUCAAGUUAAGGUAUCAGCCUACGCGAAUGAGUCUAGCUUAUUAGAAGCAGACGGUGUGUAUGUACUUAAGUCCAGAAUGGUUGCUCCAAACCUCGAAGACUCUAUUCUGACUUUGUUUUAUGAGGUUGAUCAUGCCAUGUUAGUUACUACCUCCAAAGACGUCAAGGGUUCCUUGGCAAACAAUACAGCUGUCUCCGGUCUUGGUUUGAUUAUAGACCGAUUCACCAUCCAAGAAGAUGUAUAUGAUAAGCCUACCUUGGUAGCUAUUGUCCAACAUUCUGAUUACGACAACGCGGCCCGUGAGAUGAUUGUUUUCAAUGUUGCCUACUACGUACGUCCGGUUAGAAACCUCCUUGCGAUCCAGACUCUCUUCCAAGUCAAUCGCGAGGCUGUCAUAUCUGGUUACAUAGUUGAUUUUGAUGCCAAUAAUAACCGCUUCAUGUGUGAUGUGACCGGUAUUAACCUCACAUCGGGGCCAGAGAGUGGCAAGGCCUCAACAACCGCCAUCAAAGUCGAGGACACUGUCCAAACCCCAUCCGGUCGUUCGCGCGGAAAGUUUUUCAAGAAAGGAAAAUCGACAAGCAAUGAUAAGAAGCAGAUAGAAUCGCCUGCGGAAGAGGCUGAAGCGUCAGGCAAAGGUCACAAGAGAGUCAAAAAAAACCCUUGA